UACGUGUUGAGCAGGUUGUGUGCAGAGAACAGCAGCGGAGGCUUCCACAGUCCCUGACUACGGCCGGACGGGACCCUGCGGAGGGGUGCUGCCUGUCUCUAAAAAGAGGAUCCUGAGAGAGGAAAGAAUUUUUGUUCCACAUCUAGAAGUUAAAGUCCAGCCCUGGCUUCUCUGAACUCUGCUUCUCUAGUAGAGGAAACGUGAGGAGGAUCGGCAGCCCUAAAACCAUGGCCCAGGUGCCAUUGACAUUCAGUGAUGUUGCCAUAGACUUCUCUCAGGAGGAGUGGGAAUGCCUGAACUCAGCUCAGAGGGGUCUGUACAGAGAUGUGAUGCUGGAGAACUAUACGAAUUUGGCCUCACUGGACUUUGACUUCACAACUGAGACCAACAAGUUAUCUUCAGAAAACAGCAGUUAUGAAGUAAAUUCAUGCCAUCGGGAGACAAUGAAAAGAAGUAAAACCUUCAGCCUCAUGGGCUUUAUUUUCGGAAAUGACCAACAGUGCAGUGUUGAAUUUAGGAGCCAACAGGGACCUAAAGUGGGAUGUUUUAGUGAAGUGACAUUCAGAAAACGUAUCUCCCUUCCUCUUUGUCAGAGAAUUCACACUGGAGAGAAAUCCUAUGAAUGUAAGGAAUGUACGAAGAGCUUUACUAAAUAUUCACACCUUACUGCACAUCUGAGAGACCAUGGUGGUGUGAGACCCUAUGAAUGUAAGGAAUGUGGAAAGACCUUUACAGUUCUUCAGCCUUUUAUUAGACAUAAAAAAGUUCACGCUGAUUUGAAACCCUAUGAAUGUAAUGGAUGUGAGAAGGCCUUUAGGUUUUAUUCACAGCUUAUUCAACAUCAGAUAAUUCAUACUGGUGUAAAACCCUAUGAAUGUAAGCAAUGUGGGAAGGCCUUUAGACGUCAUUCUCACCUUUCUGAACAUCAGAAAAUUCAUAUUGGUUUGAAACCCUAUGAAUGUAAAGAAUGUGGGGAAACUUUCAGAUUAUACCGACAUAUGUGUCUACAUCAGAAAAUUCAUCAUGGCGUGAAACCCUAUCUGUGUAAGGAAUGUGGGAAGGCCUUUGGUCAUCGUUCAAGUCUUUAUCAACAUAAGAAGAUUCAUUCUGGUGAGAAACCAUAUAAAUGUAAACAGUGUGGAAAGGCCUUUGUUCGCAGCUAUCUGCUCAUUGAACAUCAGAGAAGUCACACUGGUGAGAAGCCUCAUGAAUGUAAGGAAUGUGGAAAGGCCUUUAGUAGGGGCUCAAGCCUUCUUAAACAUAAGAGAAUUCAUAGUAGUGAGAAACUCUAUGAUUGUAAGGAAUGUGGGAAGGCCUUCUGUAGAGGCUCUCAACUUACACAACAUCAGAGAAUUCAUACUGGUGAGAAGCCACAUGAAUGCAAAGAAUGUGGGAAGACUUUUAAGCUUCACUCAUACCUUAUUCAACAUCAGAUAAUUCAUACUGAUUUGAAACCGUAUGAAUGUAAACAAUGUGGGAAAGCCUUCAGUCGCGUUGGAGACCUUAAAACACAUCAGUCAAUUCAUGCCGGGGAGAAACCCUAUGAAUGUAAGGAGUGUGGGAAAACCUUUAGACUUAAUUCUCAACUAAUUUAUCACCAGACAGUUCAUACUGGUUUGAAACCAUAUAUAUGUAAAGAAUGCAAGAAGGCCUUUCGUUCUAUCUCAGGUCUUUCUCAACAUAAGAGAAUUCAUAGUGGUGAAAAACCCUAUGAAUGUAAAGAAUGUGGUAAGGCCUUUAAUCGUAGUGAUCGACUCACUCAACAUCAGAGAAUUCAUACCGGUGUAAAACCACACAAAUGUAAGGACUGCGGGAAGGCCUUUACUCGUUGCUAUCAACUUACUCAACAUCAAAGAUUUCACAGAGAUGAGAAAGUCUUAAUAUAAUGAAAGUCGGAAAGCCUUUGGCGGUGGCACAUCCUUUACCAAGAUCACUGUUUCAGCACGUAAUGAUGUUACGGUAAAGGUUAAAUUAUUUCACAUAAAAUAUAAACAUUUGGAAGGGCUGGUACAUAGCAUUUGCUUACUAAAUAUUAUUAUUUUUAUGAUAAUCACUAGUGUUACUUUAAAUAAAUUCUGUGGAAGGAAGACCCUAUGAGAAUAUUUUGAAAAUCUUUCUGUCAGCACUUAUCCAUAUUUUACUUAAGAUAGUUCAUUCUGGACAAAAUCCCGUAGAAAUAAGAAACUUUUAUAUUCAAAGCUCAUGCCCCUGAAGAUUAAUAAUAGGAAGAAACCCUGUGCCUUUGUUGAAUAUUGAGAGUAUAACUGUUGAAAAAUUGGAGCGUGGUUUGAGGAAAUCUUCUUACAAUAAAUUCUAUUCAUACAGAAAACACAAUCCACAUUCUCCACAAUUCAGAGAAAUUAGAAACUAACAAUUGGGUAGCCAAAAGAUAGAUGUUGACUUGAAAAGUUUUCUUCAAGCUUUUGAGUUUUCAAAUUUACAUAAAAGGUAGAACAGUGAUAUAAUGAAGGUUUGUUUGCCCUCCACCUAGGUUCAAUAUAUCUGAUAUCUCUCUCCGUAUGUAUGGAACUGUGUCUGUACAGAUGCGCAUAUAUCAUUCUUAGUACAUACUGACAAUAUAGUACAUAGAUCACUUAGCUGUGCUGUUUGAGUGAAUGUUUAGACAUAACUUCACCUCUAAAAACUCAAUAUAUAACCCCUAGAAUUAAAGAUAACCUUCUACAUGAUCACUAAACCAUUGUUUACCUAAAAAACAUUAACAGUAACCCUGUAAUGUUAUAAAAUAUUCAGUCCAUUUAUAAAUUUGUCCCGUUGUUUAAAGAAUGUUUUCUAAAAGUGCUGGCUUUUUUAAAAGCCAAAAACCAGACUCAGCUCAUAUAUUUUAUAAUAUUAGGGCUUAUUGAGUCUCUUUUGGUCAAGAACUUACCCUCCACCUUUUUUGUGACUUAGACUUUUCGGAGACUCCUGAGAGAGAACCUGUAUGAUGUUGCACAUUCUGUGUUUGUCCUGUUUUGUUUCUUUUUUUGCAAAGUGGGCUUAACUUGUCUCUCUGUUUUGUAUUUAUUGUGAACUGGAGGUUAUGUUUAGAGGCUUGAUUAGGUUUCAGAUUAAACAUUCUUGACAAGACUACUUAGAUAAUAUUGUGUACUUAAUAUUGUAAAAUAUCGGGUGGCAUACAAGUGAAACUGUGUUUGAUCUCUUUAUUCAUGUAUUGGCACCAGCUCUCCAUUGUAUUAGUAUGUUUUUUCUUUGAAAUUAAUAAGUAAUCCAU